CAGAAAAUGCAAUGAGUCUAUGGUUACUGUGGUCUAGAUUCUAUGGGCUCAUGCCAUGAGAUAAUAUGUUCAACUAUGAAUAAUAACAAUUCUUUUAAAAUGAAUAUUGACUUAGUAUAAAACUGUGUGUUAAAAACUGUUAGCCAAGUAACUGAAUAAUGGAAAAGCAACGAGGAAGUAAGGGCUCAGAUCUUAAUGAGUUGAAGAGUGAGCUGGUCAUUGAUGACCACAAAAUAACCAUUCAGGAGUUGAUGGCUCGCUAUAACAUUAAAGAUCUGCAAACUGGUCUGACCAGUGAGCAGGCAGCUGAAAAUCUAAGGCUUUAUGGUUAUAAUAAACUAACUCCACCUAAAACUACACCAAUGUGGAUCAAGUUUUUGAAAACGAUGUUUACAGGCUUUGCUUUAUUGCUAUGGAUAGGAUCCUUCCUCUGUUUAGUAGCAUACCUUAUAACACUUGUGGAAGUUGAAGGUGGAGAGAAAGAAAAUCUUGGCCUGGGUAUUGUAUUGAUGGCUGUAGUCAUCAUUACUGGAAUCUUCACAUUCUAUCAAGAAUCAAAGAGUUCUUCUAUUAUGGAGUCAUUUAAAAACCUUGUACCUCAACAUGCUUUAGUUUUAAGAGAUGGCGAAGUCUUAACAAUAGAUACCAAAGAGGUUGUGAAAGGGGACAUAGUGAAGGUGAAAUUUGGAGACAGUGUUCCUGCUGACAUACGCAUUAUUGAGUCUCAUGGGUUUAAGGUGGAUAACUCUUCUUUAACUGGAGAAUCAGAGCCACAAUCUCGAGGACCUGAGUUCACCCAUGACAAUCCGCUAGAAACAAAAAAUUUGGCUUUUUUUUCAACAAAUGCAGUCGAGGGCACAGCUACUGGUAUUGUCAUUCUAACUGGAGAUCACACUGUGAUGGGGCGUAUUGCUGGUCUUGCCUCAGGCUUGGAAACUGGGGAUACACCUAUCGCCAGGGAAAUAGAACACUUCAUCCAUUUGAUCACAGGUGUGGCAGUGUUUUUGGGACUUUCCUUUGGAGCCAUAGCUCUUUACAUGGGGUACUCCUGGAUAAAGGCUGUUGUUUUCCUUAUUGGUAUAAUUGUGGCCAAUGUUCCUGAAGGACUGCUAGCUACUGUUACUGUGUGUUUAACUCUCACAGCGAAGCGCAUGGCAAAAAAAAACUGCUUGGUGAAAAACUUGGAGGCGGUGGAAACUUUAGGCUCAACAUCGACCAUCUGCUCUGAUAAAACUGGGACUUUGACACAGAAUAGAAUGACAGUGGCCCACAUGUGGUUUGACAAUGUCAUCCAUGAAGCAGAUACAAGUGAAGACCAGUCAGUGGGAAAUAAAUUCAUGGAUCUACCUGGAUGGCUGCCCAUAGCACGCUGUGCAAUGCUGUGUAGCAGAGCACAGUUUGUUGGGGGUCAGGAAAAUGUACCCAUUUUGAGGAGAGAAUGUACUGGGGAUGCUUCAGAAGCUGCUUUGCUAAAAUGUACAGAGCUGGUUAUAGGAAACGUUGCCCAGUAUCAGAAAAACAAUCCGAAAUUGGUGGAGAUCCCCUUCAACUCAUCUAAUAAAUUUCAGGUUUCAAUUCACAAAACAGAUAAUCCUAACGAUGACCAAUUGCUUUUGGUAAUGAAAGGGGCCCCUGAGAGAAUAUUAGAACGUUGCUCAUCCUAUUUGAUGCACGGAGUAGAAAAUACAAUCAACCCUGAAUUUCUGGAUGAGUUUGAUAAAGCCUAUCUUGAUCUGGGAGGCAGAGGGGAAAGAGUUUUAGGAUUUGCUGAGCUACAGUUGCCUGCGAAGACCUAUCCUGUGACUUAUCCAUUUGAUGCAGAUAAUCCCAACUUUCCUCUUACAGAACUAAGGUUUCUGGGUCUCAUGUCAAUGAUAGACCCACCCAGGUCAGCGGUACCAGAUGCUGUUGCUAAAUGUCGAAGUGCUGGAAUAAAGGUUAUUAUGGUGACUGGAGAUCACCCAAUAACAGCACAUGCCAUCGCCAAAGGGGUUGGAAUCAUCACACCUGACUGUAAAACAAGAGAGGAGAUAGCUUUUGAGAAAAAGAUACCUAUCAAUAUGGUGAAUCCUGAAGAAGUCAAAGCAAUAGUCAUACAAGGGGAAAAACUGAAGAAUAUGACCUCUACAGAACUGGAUGAUGUUUUAAAACAGCAUGAUGAAAUUGUAUUUGCGCGCACAUCACCUCAGCAAAAACUGAUCAUAGUGGAAGGCUGCCAGAGAGCGGGGGCUAUUGUGGCUGUGACUGGAGAUGGUGUUAACGACUCCCCUGCGCUGAAACAAGCAGAUAUAGGUGUGGCUAUGGGUAUUGCCGGAAGUGAUGUGAGCAAACAAGCUGCGGACAUGAUUCUACUGGAUGAUAAUUUUGCUUCUAUUGUCAUGGGAGUUGAGGAAGGUCGUCUAAUCUUUGACAACCUAAAGAAAUCAAUAGCAUAUACCCUGACAUCAAACAUUCCUGAGAUCACACCAUUCCUCAUGUUCAUAUUGCUUGAAAUCCCACUACCUCUGGGUGUGGUCACUAUCCUUUUCAUUGAUCUGGGAACAGACAUGUAUCCAGCCAUUUCCCUAGCUUAUGAGACCUCAGAACAAGAUAUCAUGAAGCGCAGACCUCGAAAUGCCAAGACAGAUAAAUUGGUCAAUCAAAGGCUCAUUUCCAUGUCUUAUGGCAUUAUUGGAUUUCUACAAGCCUGCUGUGGAUUUUAUGUUUAUGUUGUUAUUCUGGCUGAAAAUGGUUUUUGGGCCUAUGACUUGCUGAAGCUUCGUGAAAGUUGGGAUGCAAAAUCUAUUAAUGAUCUCCCAGAUUCUUAUGGACAAGAAUGGACGUACAGUCAACGUAAGGUCUUAGAGCAAACAUGCCACACCGCCUUCUUUGUUAGCAUUGUGAUUGUACAAUACGCAGAUCUCAUUGUCUCAAAGACACGCAGGCUUUCACUCUUUACCCACGGAAUGGGGAACUGGCCGUUAAACUUUUCCCUCGUAUUUGAAACUGUCUUGGCCUUAGCCAUUGCAUACCUUCCCUUCAUGACGUUUUUAAAAGUUAGGCCACUAAGGUAUACCUAUUGGUUUCACCCUUUGCCCUAUACUUUCACCCUGUGGACUAUGGAUGAGUGCAGGCGAUACAUUCUUCGGAUUCACCCCAGAGGAUUUGUUGAGAGGGAAACGUAUUACUAACGUCAUGCAAGACCAAACUGAUACAUUCAGAGUUGACAAAUUUAUUUUAAACAUUUUAAAUGGUGGUUUUAAUAUUUUUUUAAAAGGAAUUAGCUUAAAUAUGUUUCAGUGUUGAUCAUGUUUUAUAGAAAAGACAUUCCAAAUAAUUAAUAUGGGUCUUGUGUUUUAACUGAGUACAAUCAAGUACUUUAGUUUAUAGUUUUAUGUUGUGAAUCAUGUCAAGUAUGAGUUAGAUUCUACACAAAGGGAUUAACUAACUAGUUUGCUGGUUCAACUAUUGGCAUAUUUAUCUUUUAUUUUAAAUUUCAAGUAAUAAAUUGCAGUUU